AUGUUUUCACGAACAUCGAUUUACUAUUUUCUAUCAAUCCUUCUCCCCGUAAUCGUCUCGAUUCGCCGACAAUCCGUCGGUGUUAAGGGAAAGCUUCUUUGUGGAAAUCAGCCUCUACAAUCGGCCACGAUUGUGCUUUCGGAUGAGGAUUCGGGUCCUGAAUUCGAUGAUAAAAUGGCUGAAGGGACAACGAAUGCCCAUGGACACUUUCAGAUUCAUGGAACCGAAGUGGAAUUCACUUCGAUUGAGCCUCGUCUCACCAUUCUGCACAAAUGCAACUAUAAAUGGAUUUGCAAACGUGAAGUGACCUUUCACAUCCCCAGAAAGUACAUCAAUCAUGGCAAAAGUGUAAAGAAAUGGUUCGAUUUGGGCACUCUAAACAUGGAAACAGUCUUUCCCGGUGAAGAGCAUAAUUGUUUCCGAAUUUUUUGG